AAUUGGGUCACUCAGUGUUGAGGUUAUAUAACCUGGUUUCUCUGCAAAUUUCCAAUCUCUGUAUCACACCACACAACAUCGCUAACCCCAUUCAACCCCAGAUUACUUUAUAGUCACACUUUUGUAAGGAUGUUAAUUAACUACACUCAGAUCUUUGCAAAAGUCCAAAGCCUUUGUAAUUAUAAUAAUUGAUGUUUACAAUAGUUGAAAUUGAUUAGAAUAGAUUUAAGUAUGUCAUGAGAGUAAUGCAUUUUUUUAGUUAGAGUACAUACAGUACUGUAUGUUGAAAAUAAGUGAUGUCUGUCAAAUUCCAAAUGCGGUAAAUGAAAGGCCUGUUCUUCUCUGAGUUAUCUCUCUCUCUUUCAAUAGGAGAAAAUGGAUGGUACAAAUUAUAGUGAGUCAACAAAUGGCAUUACAGAGGACUAUGGUGAGAUGGAAUAUGUGGAGCCAUGUCAAAUGACAAAAAACAACCGUGUGGAGAGAGUGGUGCGACUCUACAUCCACUCUGUCAUCUGCAUCCUGGGUUUACUGGGCAACAUCCUGGUGAUCGUCACCUACGCUUUCUACAAGAAGGCCAAGUCCAUGACGGACGUCUACCUUCUGAACGUGGCCAUAGCCGACAUGCUGUUUGUGGCGGCUCUGCCCCUGAUCAUCUACAAUGAGCAGAGUGACUGGGCCAUGGGGAUGGUGGCCUGUAAGAUUCUCAGAGGGGCCUACAGCGUCAACCUGUACAGUGGUAUGCUGCUUUUAGCCUGUAUUAGCACCGACCGGUACAUCGCUAUUGUCCAGGCCCGCCGCUCCUUCAGGCUCCGCUCCUUCACUCUCCUCUACAGCCGCAUCAUCUGUGCUACAGUCUGGAGCCUGGCCCUGCUCCUCUCUGUCCCCACCUUUGUCUACUACGAGCGUUAUGUGCCUGCACACAGCUUCUACAAUGUAAGUGAGUAUGGAUAUUCUGAUUAUAGCAAUGCUAUGACACCCGUUGGUCUGAAGAACCCUAUAUCCUCAGAGUCAGAGUCAGACUCUGUGGUUUGCAACUUCAGGUUCCCGGACAACGCCACGGCCCGCCAGAUGAAGGUCCUGGUCCCCAGCACCCAGAUGGCAGUGGGCUUCUUCUUGCCUCUGUUGGUCAUGGGCUUCUGCUACGCCAGCAUCAUCUUCACCUUGCUGCGCGUCAAGAACUUCCAGAGACAUAAGGCGGUGCGCGUGGUGCUGGCCGUUGUGGGGGUGUUCAUUGCCUGUCAUCUACCCUAUAACGCCGCCCUGCUCUACGACACGGUCCAUAUGUUCAAGCCCCAGUGGUGCUGGGUGAUGGACAACACCCAAGUGGCCAAGACCGUGACGGAGACGGUGGCCUACCUGCACUGCUGCCUUAACCCAGUGCUGUAUGCCUUCAUCGGGGUGAGGUUCAGGAACCACUUCAAGAAGAUUGUGGAGGAUGUGUGGCGCGUGGGGAAGAGGGUCAUGAACGUCCGACGCUUCUCCAGGGUCAAGUCCGAGAUCUACGUCUCCACCGCCCGCACGACUGUGGACGGGUCCUCUACCGACAACGCAUCCUCUUUCACCAUGUGAGGAGGAGACCCUGUGUUGGAGACUGCUGUUGCUUAGAACCCUAGCGAAGUCUGUGUUUCAUUUACCCAUGUCUAGUGAAAGUCUACACAUUCCUUGCACAAUCUUCACAAUUUUCUGCCUUCAAAUUAAAUCUGGGAAAGGGAUUAGAUAAGCUUUUUUCCUACUUAUCUACACAGCCCAUUCCACAAUUUCAAAGAAAAAGACACAUUUUAGAACAUAAAAAUAAAAAUAAAACACCCCAGAGGUAAUACUUGGUGAAAUCACAUUUGGCAGCCAUUACAGCUGUGAAUCAUUUUGAAUAAGAUUCUACCAACUUUGCACAACUCGAAGUGGAAAAACUCAGAAGUGGGCAGGCGGAGCAAGCAGAGCGAGGUGGGUGGAAAGGACGGGACAGGCAGAGCACGGACUAUAUGCCAGCAGGAUAGCACAUAUCUCCAAUCAUCUUUGCUGAUAGCAAUUUUGUGUUUCCAUAAAUGGAUAAAUUGGUAUAAUUGAGCAUUUAGGGUUAAAGCUUCAAACCUUAGUUACCUCUUCCAAUUUCAAAUGAGCUUGAAAUAGGUGAAUAAUAAUAUUUGUUAUUGUUUUGUGUGACUACAGCUCCAGCGAUAAAAUACAAAAAUACAGACACUUUAUAUUUGAAUAAGUUGUCAAAGCGGUCAACCCGUCUGCCUGGCUUCAGUUGGGUCAUUAUAUUUCAAAACAUUCUAAAAUCACACACAUGCCUCGCACGCUCGCCUUUAAUGAGUUUAGGCCAUUAUGUCAAUAUUGCUCAAGCUCAUUACAUUUGGUUGGGAUUCAUUGAUGGACCGCAAUAUUCAAACCUUGUCUCUGAUUUUCAAGCAGAUUUAAGUCAAGACUGAGACUGGACCAUUCAUGAACACGUAACACCUCUUUGAAUGCCAUUCUGGUGUCUUUAUAAAACUUGUGUAAUUGUCCCACUGAAAAAUAAAAACUCUAUCCUAGGGUUAGGUUUUCAGAAGACCUAGGCUUGGCUUUGGUCCUUUCAUAUUUCUUUUGAUCCUGAAAAACUCCCCAGUUCCUGGCUGUGAUAAGCAUACCCAUAACAUGAUGCUGCCACCACAAUACUUGAAAAUAAACACAUUGCAUUCACUUCACAUAACUGGCCUGUAUGACAAAGUGAAAAGAAAGAAGCCUGUGUAAAAAAAAUAUAUAAAUUAUGUUUUCAACAAAGCCAUUAAGUAAUACUGCAAGACAACACAGCAAAGAAAUAAAACUACGGGCUUAGUUCAAAUCCAAUACAACAAAACACAGAGUAAAACACUCUGUAUUUUUAAGUAUUGUGGUGGCAGCAUCAUGUUACAGUGACUGCGGAGUUUGUCAGGAUCAAAAGAAAUAUGAAAAGAACAAAGCCCAGGUAAGAAGUAAGAGGAAACCCCACUGCAGUGUUCUGAAAACCUAACCUUGGGAUAGAGUUUUAAUUUUCAGCUGACAAUUACACAAAUUGUAAUGCCAAAGACACAGCAGAAUGGAUUUCCAAGAGGUGAUGAGUUCCUGAAUGGUCCAAUCUCAGUCCUGACUUAAAUUGGAAUCAGAGACAGGUUUAAACGUACAAUGUACAAUGCAGCCAUUUCUAUCUCAAUAUCAAAUCAUUUCUGGGUAACAAUUACCUUAAUGUGAUUGUUUUCAAUUACAAUUGUCAAAAAGAAACAAAAAUAGCUUCUUAGCAUAGAGACAUUUCUAAAGCAAGUAUUUUUCUAGGACUAUUUGGGAAUGUUCUUAGUGGGAUGAGGAAAACUGAAAACUAGCGGUGAAUUCCAAACCACUACCUCGUCCCUACCAACUCGCUCGGAGGGCCCUCUCUUGUCACGUGUUGCUGACGAACCUCAGUGGAUGACUUCCAGAGAGUGACGAGGAGAGCAAUAAACCCAUCAACUUCAGGACACAUUUGUGACUUUAAUUAUGCAAUACAUGUUCCACUUCAUGUUCCCCCAUGUCGUUUUACAAAAUAUAAACCUCAGUAACAGUUAAACAUUUAAUUUAGGAUUCAUUUCAUCUGUUAUAUGUAUCAAGUCUCGAAAUCAGACAUAAACAAAUUCACAUGGCAGACAAUUAGUCAAACCUCUCCAUUACUUUGUAUAACAUUGAACAAACUCCAAACAUAUUGCGGUGCGUAUCAGGAUAGCACUUCGCUCUGAAGCCCCAACAGCCUCAAUAAUUUCUACUCCAUCAGUUUGGGAAACUUGUGCAUAUGGUGGAGGUGUGCGUGAACCCGCAAAUGGAGGGCCGGGGAGGGGCGAGGGGACUCAGCCUAGCUGUUAUUGGCAUAAAGGUUUGGAACAGUAAAUGUUGCCUAAGAGUUGUGCAAAGUUGGUAGAAUCUUAUUCAAAAUGAUUUUUUUUACCUUUAUUUAACUAG